AUGAAAUUGGUUGAAUCCAAAGAUGCACGUUAUGUAACCUUCUCAAAAAGGAAAUUGAGCUUGUUUAGGAAAGCUAAUGAACUUUCAACUUUUACAGGAGCAGACGUUGGUAUUCUUCUCAUUUCGCCUAGUGGAAAUCCAUAUUCGUAUAGCUCCACUAGCGUAGAAAAAAUAACUGAUAAGUUUCUUGAGUGGAAACUAAAAAAUCCCCAAGUUGUAGAUCAAGCUGGUAGAGAAAAAGCAAAUGUUUUUCAGGCAUUUGAUGAUCUCCGUGAAGAAUUACAAAUAAUGAACGAGAAGGAAAAGAGUCGAAAAAUGAGGUAUAAAAUUUUACACCCUGAUUCAGAAAUACCAGUUGAUAAACACAGGUUGGAUCAGUUGAUAGAACUCAAGUUGAAAUUGGACGCAAUAAAAGCAGCAAAAAAUAAAAUUUUGCCCGAGCAAUUCAAAUUGGAUUUGAAUGUUGUCCCAAAUCUAGAUGAGGGGAGUGUUCUGGAAAUCAUUAAUCAAUGUGGCAAUGCUAAUUGCAUCUCUAAAAUUUGA